AUGUUUCCUGACCGUGUGGGUCCAUUGUCUGAAGGGAGGAUUGAUCCGUCGGGAAGGCUGCAAUGCGUUUAUCACGGUUGGUGUUUUGAUGGCUCCGGCGACUGCAAGCUCAUCCCUCAAGCACCUCCUGAUGGCCCUCCAGUUCACACAAGUAAAAUGGCUUGUGUUGCAGUUUAUCCAACAAUAGUGCAUCAUGACAUCGUGUGGUUUUGUCCCAACUCUGAUCCUCAAUACAGAGAUAUCUUUGGGAAAAAGAAGCCUCCUUUCAUUCCACAGCUGGGUGAUCCAUCAUUCACUAAGAUAAUAGGAAACCGAGAUCAUGGGUGUGGGUUAAAAAAAGCUCAUUGCUCUGGAACUCUUAUUGAAAAUAAUGUUGAUGAAAAUCGUUGCAUUGGUUUUGAAAUUAAUCACUUACCUUUUGCGUAUAUUGGUUUAGGCAUGAUGUAUUGA